AUGGAUUUUGGGGAAAUUCCCAGAGGUUAUAAGUUCAAUCCAACUGAUCAUCAACUCAUUGAAUUCUACUUAACGCCAAAAGUUCUCGGAAGAAAUAUGGGUUUUUGUUCUUGGUUCUUGUUCGAAAUAGAUCUCUACAACGACUACAGCAAUCCUCUAGUGCUGUUUGAUGAGAUUAAUCAAAAAUAUGAUAAAAGAUACUUUUGUGAUGAUAAAGAGAAAGGCGACCAAAUUCGCUACUUCUUCACGCCAAUAAAUAGGGUGUCUAAAACCGGCAAGAAUGUGAAAAGAACUACGAGAGAUGGAACGUGGGAUGGAGACGGUUCUAAAAACAUUAAACAACCUGGAACCAAUACUCUUAUCGGCACAAAUAAAUCAUAUAAAUUCUCGUGGAAGGAUGAUGAUUCGGAGUAUGCAAGAAGAGGAAAUCAGUCAUCUUGGAUUAUGCACGAGAUUUCGUUGCCACAAACUUUUUAUGAUUCUCGCGGGAUGAAGGAAAAGUAUGUUCUUUGUUGGAUUAAAAGGAAGGGCGGUGCACAUGCUGACGACCAAAUAAUACUACCACAACAACCACCCUUUCCAGUAGUACGUCAGCCAUCAACAAGAACAACGUUUUCACCCUCAGUCGAUGCAUAUCAGGUACCACAAAAACGACAACGCUUUGAAGAACCAGAUGCUGCUAUUAAAGAUGCUUCUUCGUCAGCAGUCCAAGAUGACAUGUUACCAACUAAUCAGCAGGAUAAUCUUCCCACCUUCGGCUCUACUGAGUUACUCCUACAAGAAGAAGAUAACUUGGAUCAUGAAUUUGCCUUAACCCUCGAGGCAGAAUUAGAAGUAAGCAAUGAUGAAACAUUGAUGAAUUUAAAGCUUGGAGAGGAUAAUUCUGUUGCUGAAGCCAUGAAGACAUGUGUACCAGUACCAGAAUCAACAACAAUAUUUACACAAACACAACAACCAUGUUAUGUUAAUGGACCAUACAUGUCAUCACCACUAUGGGUACAACCUCCGUCACCAGCAAUCAAUACACCUGAAGUAAGACCAGUACAACCCUCAUACGUUAACUUGCAGUCAUCGACAUCCACAUUGCCAAUAACAAUGGAUGAUGUAGGGUCAUUAUUACAAGCACCAUCAACAGAAAUAUUUUCAUCUACAGAAGUAACACCCCUGACUAAUAAUCUUUGGGAUGACAACUGCUGUGCCGGUGAUGUGAUGGCAGAGUUCAGCAUUCAGGAUAACCUUGACGACAUAAUCAUGGGUAGGGUGGAAGAUACCGGUGACAGGGAUGAUAUUAACUUUGAUGAAAUUUUCGGAUAA